AUGGAGAGGAAUACCAGUAUGUUAAAGUGUUCAUCUCACGAAUUAAGCCUGUUACCGAUAUAUUGUGAAGAUUGUGAGUGUCCUGUUUGUACAAAAUGUAUCACAGGUUGUCAUAUGAAACACAAUCUACUGGACGUGUCUACUUACGUAGCAAGACAAAAGGAUGAAUUAAUGGCGUCAAGUUGUAAAGACUUAUCAGAAAAACUCAGGGGUGAGCUUACAGAAAAGAAAACUAACAUUGAAGAACGGAGAAAACAGGUCAUAGAAGAAAUCUCAAGAAGAGAGGAUGCCAUUAUUGCGGAAGUAAAAGAUAUAUCGGCCGAUUACAGAAACAUUGUGGACGAAGCAGCGUUGCAACAUAAACAGAAGAUCAAGCAAAUUGAUAGCGAUUUACACAACAUUUCGAAAAUGCCAGAAUUAAAACUGGAAACGGAAUCGGACUGCAUUGAAGAAUUGCAUUGUCGAAGCGAACUACGGAGGAUUGAAAGGGAAAUAAAAGAUCAGGAUUCAGUACAUAUUACUUUUGAAGCCAUGAAGGGUCAUAGCAAAACAAAAUUAAAGAAGGUAUUUGGAACCGUUUCUGUAAUUAACGAGGUUACCCAAUCGUCCGACGAUGACAGAACAAUCGAGAAAAAGUGGCCAUUUGACAGCAGAAGUAUUGAGGAUAUUUUCAAAGUCAAAGAGAGAAAACUAGAUAAAAACAGUCACCCUAUUUGCAUUCAAUUUAAUGUCUUUGGAGAUGGAAUUCCUGAGGACGUAUAUCGCUGCAAAGGAGUUUUCUUUUCUGAUGGAAAAAGUUUUUUGUAUUUAGACGAAAGGAUAUUUGUCAAAGAAAUGCAGAGAAAAGUUUACGAAGUAGUAAAAGAUGUCCAGCAUUGUUCAGACUAUAUAGAGCAUUCGUCUGAAAAUGGACUUCUUGUCAUAACUAAAAAAAAAAGUGAAUUAGGCCUUCUUCUUGGAAACGGAAACAUUAUCUCGAUAUUUAAAGCUACAAAGUCGGAUGAAAAAAUAGUUGAUGUGGUUGAAAAUGCUAAAACGGGUAUCACUGUGUUAUCGGUGAAACAGAUCUUUAAUUACAAUGGAUUUUUUUUGAAGUCUGAAGUAUCACUGUGGCAAGUCAAUAUAACUGGAGAAUCAAAACAAUUAUCCUACAUGGAUCUUAAAAAACAUGUAAAUGUUUCAAAGAUUUGCAUAUUAAACGAUACGACGCAAAUAGUUUUCGACCUGGAUGGAUGUUUGUCGGCAUAUAGCCAACAGUUAACCUUCAGGUUCCAAUACAGUGGUUGCCGUGGCAGUGAUCCGUCCGCUAAGUUUUCAGCUUCCUCUGUGUGUUUGGACUCGGAUGAUAACAUUUUGGUCUCAGACAAGUCUGACAGUACCAUCCAUAUGUUAAGUAUUGAUGGUAAUUUCUUAAAAAUCAUCAUCUGGCCAGAAGAUAAUAUGACAGUUAUGUGGCUGUCAGUGGACAAAGAUGGGUGGUUGUGGAUAGGACAAGGUGGACGUCAAAGAACUAGUGACUUCUCUGUAUUUGACUUUGAAUAUCUAAAGAAGAUGGAGAGAAAAGAAAGGGCGCUUACAGAAAAACCAGAGACACAGCUUUGA